UAGUAAUAGCGGUCUUCUUAAAAGAGCACCAAACCACGGUGGGCUUUGUCACGUCCUGGCUGGGAUUGAAACGGUCUCCUUUAUAUUCCCGGUCUCCACACGUCCAUAACCUGCACGUCGUCCCAACACCCCCACGUCUCCGUCCCGUAUGAUACCCGUACUUGAAAUCUUCUUCGCCUAGGUCUCUCCUCCCACUCUGCCACGGCCAUGGGCGACGGGCCGGACGUAGCGCCGGCGAUGGAUUACGACACAGCCACCGGCGCGCGGCGGCGCAGGGGUUGGCUCCGGCGGAUGAUGCCGCUGGGGCACUACUCGCCCAUGGGCCUCGAGCUGCACGGGGAAGCAGCGGCGCCCACGGUCGAGAUGGCACAGAUGCCCCAGGCCGCCGCUGCCGCCGAGGGCAACAAACCGCAUCGUCGCGGACUGCUGCGGCGGCUGAUGUCGCAGGAGGGCGUGCAGCGGCGGUGGAAGAACCUGGGAGCCGGCGGCGCCUCGAGGAUGGCCGCGCUGUCGCGAUCGCUGCGGUGGAAGCGGCUGUCGUCGGGGCUCUCCGUGGGCCUCAAGGGCGGCUGGGCGACGGCGCUGGUCGACACCGUCGCGUUCCGCGUCAUGUACGUGCUCGAGGCCAUCGUGCUCGGCCUUGCGCUUUCCUGCUUCUUCUGCUGCUGCGGCUGCCAGAUAUAGAUUAGCCUUGCCUUGCUCUGCUCUGCCUCUUCCUCUGAUUCUUGCAGGCCUGCAGGGCCCUUCUGCUUGCCGUUGGGCGUGUAAUCUUGUCAGAUUCCUUCGAUCAUUCUUUUGUUUUGUUUUAUUAUGUUGUAAAGUCUCUGUUUCUUUGCACUUC